GCUUCAUACGCUACCGGAGUAUUAAAUAUCCCCUUGCUAUAAAUAGCGAAUGCUACAGUUAUGGCAGUUCUCCUCAGGUGUUGUUUGACGAAAAUCUCGAUGGCUUCUGAUUCCACUGCUGUUUCUACCGAAAUUGCCCUUGGGCGUACGAAACUGCAGCUGUAUUCCUUCUGCCGUAGCUCCUGCUCUUGGCGCGUUCGUAUUGCCCUCAACUUGAAAGGUCUGAAAUAUGAGUACAAGGCCGUGGACAUUUAUAAAGGGGAGCAGUUCAGUCCAGAAUUUUCAAAGUUGAAUCCUCUCGGUUUUGUUCCGGUGCUGGUGGAUGACGAUGUAGUAAUUUCAGACUCUUUUGCCAUCAUACUGUACUUGGAAGAGAAGUAUCCUGAGCAUCCAUUGUUGCCUCGUGAUCUUCAGAAAAGAGCCAUCAAUUUCCAGGUUGCAAAUAUUGUCUGCUCAAGCAUACAGCCUUAUCAGAAUAUUGGUGUCCUGAGCUACAUUGAGGAGAAAGUUAAUUACGAUGAGCAAUUUUCAUGGGUUCGGCAUCAUAUUGGAAAAGGCUUCACAGCUCUUGAGAAGCUUUUAAAAGGCUUUGCUGGGAGAUAUGCGACAGGAGAUGAAGUGUUCCUGGCAGAUUUGUUUUUGGCGCCUCAGAUUCAUGCAGCGGUACAACGGUUCAACCUCGAUUUGUCAGAGUUCCCUCUUCUUUGUAGGCUCAGUAAAGCUUAUGAUGAGUUACCAGCAUUUUGUGCCGCUAUGCCAGAAAUGCAGCCAGAUGCUGUAAAACUAUAAGAUAGCAGCGCCAUUGGUUUGUAUAUGUUCCAGAUGUUCUUUUAAAUGAUAAGAUGAAAAUCAGUAACACUUGAAACUGACUACCAGCACUUCAUUUUCUCGACCAUGUAUGAAUUUACUGCUCUGUUCA